AGGAUUAAAGAAGCAAUCGGGUUAAGAGACUCCACGUCCAAGGAAUUAAAGUAUCGGCAAUUGAGAGAUCGUAGAGGAGGAGAUCAAGAUCAGAUAGUUCGUGGACAACAGGUUAGAGGGGCUCAACAUCAGCGUCGUUAAAGCAUGGCGGACCAAGCAUCAGAGUAAGCGUUGGGGAAAACUUUUAAGUUAUUUGGACUUUGUGGUUGAAAGUUAAGAACUGGAGAUUCUGGUCGUUUGUUUCUUUUAAAAAUAUGAUUUGGAGUUUUGCCCACAUGUUUAGGGCUUGUCAUUGAGAUUUCAAAUUAUUAAAGUUUGGUGUAUUUAUUUUAAG